UCUUUAUAGAUCUUGCGUUCGUGCACCUGCAUCACUAGAUAGUGCUAUCAGUCGAUCGUCGUGGUAUCUCAAGGUGAACACUUUGCGGUAUCUCUUACUAAUCUGUCAUUCUUAUCGCAUUUAUAGUUAUCACUAUUAAUGAAUCAUGAUAGUCGUUUUCACUUUCAGUCUUGGCUGUUCGGCGGUCGCUAUUUGGUCUUCACGCAGUAGUCAGUCAUUCUUCAGUUAGUGAAAUGUUGUCGUAUGCUUCGCACUCGUGCCAUUCGUCAUUUGUGUCGCAUCGUAAACGUUGAAUCUGAAGUAAUAAUGUUUUUAUUGUACCGGAAGAGUAACCGUAGUUUUAGUUAAAACCACAGUCCAUAAUUUACUCGUAUACGUCGGUUGUACGUUAUAAUAUUUCGUUAGUCGACCACAAGACGUGCCUCUUGCGAAACGGUUCGAUACGCCGUGUCGUCCUACACAGUAUACGGUUCGCCGUCGUCGAGUCGUGUAUCGAUUGUUUCUGCCCCCGCGCGACACUCGUAGAUACGACAAUAUAAUUAUUAUAAUAGUACCUAACGACCAUCCCGUCUUGUUGCUAAGUUAUUCGCUGUUUUCAAACCUAACAUUCUCUCCGCCGUCGGUGAUUCGGUCGAGUGUAACAAUAACUGACGUUAUAUUGUAGGUACACGAUACAGCCAUACCGACAACUGUUACCUGCCUUCCCAGGUGUGUGCUUGUAUAUGUGUGUGUGUGUGUGCUGCCUACGUAUUGUUAUAGACAAGAGUUCAUUAUUUCGUAGUUGCCAUCCUUCGCGAAAUCCACUUUCCAAAAAUGGACCAAGCGUACUAUGACGAAGACAGUUAUUGAUUAAUCGUACUGAGAUGAAAAAAAUCCAAGGUCGAUUUCGGGCAGUAACUAGAUCUACACUAUCUACUGCUCAUCUAUUCUGUUUGUAUUCGACACAAUUUCCAAAAGAAAAUGAGAUUAUUGAAUUACUACCAUGCAUAAUAUGCAAUCGUUCAUUCCGUCCAAAUUUAUUACAACGCCACUCAACUAUAUGCCAAAAAAACGCUAAAAAAAAGAAGGUACCAUUUGAUUCAUCUAAACAGCGCAGAGAAGGUACUGAGAUGGCAGCAUAUUUACCACAUAUGAAAAAGACUCAAGAUGCUUAUAUUGCUGUAGAAAAAUCUAAAAAGAACUGGAAAGCUAAGCAUGAAGAGCUUGUUAGAGCUGUUAAAGCAGCACGAGGGGAAAAAGUUGAUGAUAAGCUUAUACCAUCUAAACCUAUUGAUUCUGAAGAAUGUCCACAUUGUGCACGGAAUUUUGGACCUAAAUCAUACGAUCGACAUGUAGAGUUUUGCAGAGAAAAAGCUCAGAGAAUAUCUACUGCACCAGUGAUUAGUCAAGUAGCUAAAGAACGACUUGAAGCAAGAAUAAAAUACCGUGCUCCUCCACUCAAGUCACAGCGCACAGUUACUAAAGAGAAAUAUUCUCCAAAAACAAAAAUCCUUACUCGAGAUGUUUCAAGUGUACCAAUAAAAGUUAUACAACCAUUAAAAACUAUUAAAAAAAGAACUCCACCAAUUAGAAAUGUAUCUAAUAUCCCACGUCAAAUGUCAACAGUAGUGAAAAAGAAAGACCCAAUAUCAAAAAGUCUCUAUGGGGAUAGGAAUGCAAUAUACUUGCCCCAAAAGCCAGAUCUAAAAAAUGAAUCAGUUAUGAAGAAAUCUGAAUCAGCCUAUAUCCUUGGCUCUAAAAAUCACAUAAAACAAGAAGUUAAUAAGGUGGUCAAUAAAUUUGACAAAAAAAAUAUAUCAAAAUCCCAACCCCAUUUGGAUAUUUACGACCCUCAUUUGGAUAGCUACGAUCCAUUUAAAUCAGCCGAACAACAAAUGAAAGAGCUCGAUCUAGACAUUAACAUAAUUGACAUUGGUCUUAAAAAUACGUCAAAUUGUACACCAAAUAAUAAUAUUGAGAAUCUUCCAAUGUCUCCAACAUCUGCAUUCGUUAAAUAUUCACCAGUCUCUUCUUUAGUAGUAUCUCCAGAUAAUAUUGAAAACACAUUUCCCGAUGAAUUUCACUCGGAUACUAAUCUAAAUAGUCAUCCACUACACAAUUUAAGCAAUUUAAGUCUAUGUUCCAUUGUCAGUAUUGAAUCAGCUGACUUUAAUAAUAAGACUCAUAGUGCUGUAGAGCGAGGUACAGAUCAUCUCAAAAGUCCUACAAAACGAAACAUCAAUCAUAAUCAUAAAAAACAAAUAGCUAUUGAAAAUAUGCUUUAUGGCGAUAAUGAAAAGGAUAAAUCAAAUCUCACAUUUGAUUUAGCAGAACAAGAACUUUUAAAAUCUGUGUCGGAAUUUGAAAACUUGUUGAAAAUAACAGAUGAUGAUGAUAUAGUAUCACCAUCUUUGAAUAGAACCUCUGCCCUUAGUAUGAUCAACGGGAUUAAUUCCAAUAGCAGUGCUGAUUCGGCUUACGGAAGCUUAAACAGAAAAUCUGAGCAGACGACAACCGACAAUUAUAUUCAAUUGCUGAAAGCUGCUAAAUUUUGCCAUGAAUGUGGAUUCAAAUAUCCGAUCAUUGAUAUUAAAUUUUGUACUGAGUGUGGUAUGCGGCGCAUAGUAUCAUGAUUCUUCAAUUCAUCUGAUUGCUUCAAUUUAAAUAUUUAUUUUUAUUAAGGGUAUUAAGAAUUUACAAUAUGUUAAAUUUGUAGAAUGGAGAGUAUAUUUUAAUAUUUUUAUACUUAUUUACUUAUAAAUUAUAAUUAAUAAGCUAACAACAGUUUAUAAUAGGUAAUUACUAUGGUAUAAAAUUGCAUUAUUUUGCUUAACCCCUGAGACUGAUUUUUUAAAUUGAAAUUAGUUUGAGUGUAUCUUGUCACUUAAUUUAUUUUAAAUAUUACUAAUUCAACAAGACCAAAGUAUUAACAAUAAUAUAUUUUUUGUAAAUUAAUAUUGUUAAGGUAUUCAAAAUAUUAAUUUUUAUUUACUUGAUUUUGUAAGCAUUAAAAUUGAUUACUCCAGCGGUUCUUAAUCUGUGUUGCUUGGCCCCCUGGGGAUCGUGGGAGCUAUAAUACGUCGUGACAAAAUAUAAUAUUAUAAUAUACAAUAUUUAUUAUAAUUUUGGUUAUGUUAACAUGAGAUAUAAAAAAAAGGUAUUCGAAAAAAUUGGUAAGGGGAUCCUCAGUAUCUAAAAAAUUUUUAUUAAGGGUCCGUGAUUUACAGAAGGUUAAAAAUCACUGGAUUAGUCUGUUUAGUUCUCAAUUUAUAAUGUGUUAACAAUAAACAUAUAACUAUAUUGAUUUGUAUUUCUCAUAAAUAAUACUAACACCAGGAGCAAAGGGGGUUUUAAGAGUUUAACUUCCACAAAAAAACAAAAAUUAAAAAUAUAUUUUUAUUUAUGCCCUUGACAAUCACUACAUAUUUAGUUCCAUGAAUAGUGAGGGGAAAAAGUCUAAAUAUAAUUAUAGUAAAUCACUGAAUAUAUAUUUUUUGUGAUGCACAUUCACAGAAAGUUUAAUUAUUGUAUAAUAUAUUAUAAUCAAAUUAAUACAUUAUAAUAUAACAUUUGGCCAAUACAUUAAAUUACAUUUUGUAUUAAGAAAUUUAUAUAUAGGUUAAAAUAAAUUACACUUAACCUACCUAUACUAAUAACAAAAAAUGCUAUUUUUUAUGGUAAGUUAAAGCAUAUUCUUAUUUAUUACCUAAUUUAAUCAACUGGAUUGUUACCAAAAGAUUUAAUGCUUAUACUUUGAUAAAUAUUAAAUAUUUUGCCUAAUUAUUUACAAAAAUAUUUUUAUUCCUUUUAUUCUUUUUUCUAAUAUAUAUUUUUUUUUAUUCUGUAUUUAUUAUUUUCAUUUGUUUUUAAUUAUCUAUUAUGAUGUAUUUUUUGUACUAGGUAGAACACUUUCCUAUUUUUCACUCUUCAGAUAUUAACACAAUUUAUUGGUUUUAUUAUUUUAAUAUUCAUCGUUUUUUCAUCCGAUUUACUUGUAGUUUAAGAUAAGUUUUAAGUCUACUUAUUAGGCAUUAACUAAAUCUAUUAUUUUUUCUAUGUCCUCUCUUAGCAUACAUAAUAUAAUUUUUUUUUUUAUUUACAUUGUCAAGAAAGAUUGUAAAGUAAUAGGAAAAAAAAUUAUAAUAUGACUUACUAGUAUUUACCACUUUAACUAAAGGAUUUGGAAUCUAGGUACUAAUAAUUUAUUAUUGUCAAAUUUCUAAACAGAUGUUAUGUUUAAUGUUAAAAUAUUUACUGUCUAAACAUUCUGAGAAUUGAGAUAUACCUUUUUAGAAAUUAUAAUCUUAUUUUGCACAUUCUUGUCUCUUUAUAGCUAGUUAUAACUGCUUACUAUACUUAAAUGUUUUGUUUUGCUUUUCAAAGAUGUUAUUACCAAAUUUUAACCUUUUUAAAUUGAUAUUUUAUUGUUUGUAUUAUAUAUAAAUGUAUAUUUUAGUAGGCAAGUCCAUAAAAUAUAGUAUUUUUUUUUGUUUUUGAACAUGCUAUUAUUAGCAAUAUUUUAAAAUAUUACAGAAUGGUGCUAUAAUAAUUGUGUGCUAUUGGUAAUAGGUAGGUAACUAAUUCACCAAUAUUCAUAGAUUAUAGUCAACACAUGUUUGUGUAUUAUACCAAAGAAUGUUAUAACUACUCGGGUAUUAUUUAUUGAUUUCUACUAAUUUUUUUCAAAUAACUAAUUACCUCCAUAUAAUAUGUUGCCUACUGCUAGCACAUAAAUCAAUACACUAAUAUUAUUUUAAAUAAUAAUGUUUUUUAAUAUUAUUUCUCGUGUGUAUACAAAGGAGAAAAUUCAAAUUGACAUAAUUCACUAAGUCGAUUACCAAAAUGUUAUAUUAUUUUUUGAAUUCAUUUUUUAUUUCUUUUUCAUAAGUAAAAUUCAAAAUAUUGCAUUCCUUUAUUCAAAUGACAUAGGUACUUACCUAAUUUAAUAACUUUAAACUAAUUAAACAAUAACUCAAUUUUGCUACUAGAUUUAUAAUAUAUUAAUAAGUGUUUUAUUUAAUUUUAUACGUUUUAUAAAUUAUUUUUGUUGUUAUAUUAAGAUAAUAUGAUUUAAAUUUAUUUACAGUUUUAAUAUUUUAGUCACUCUGUUGUAAUGCAUUUUUCUUUACUUUUGUACCUAACUACAUAGUGCCAUUUGAUAUUUAAAAUAAUAAAUGUUGAAGUAUUGAAUCACACUAA